GAAACAUGCCUCAAGGCUGAGUGGGCUGGCGUGUCUGCUAUGCCUAUAGUUCGGAGUAAAGUCCGUCUUCGUGUGGAGGGAAGAGUUUUUCAAUACUGCCUUGUCAAGCCAUUCUUUAAUGCCCGGCCCUUCGUCAAACAAGUCGAAGCAUUUCAAGUACAACCCAGAUCAUGGCCUCCCUACCGGCAUAAGCAAACCUACUUGAAGCAACGCAAGAAACCGUUGGCCGAGGCCUCCAGCCACGGUUUCACAUGCUCCUGUGACGUCUUGUCGUACCCCACCCCUUCGGGCCUCGCUAAAACGCCAACUUUCCCUUCUCUCUCUGUGAACAAGUCGACAUUGGCUACACGCCUGAGGGCACUUUACUCCUUGCUGCCGCAUGGCCAAGUACCAAGUCUGUCUGCUCCAUCGGCCCUUGUUCACUGGGCAACAUAA